UUGUCUCCUGAAGUCUGGGGUAGGUACAGGUCACCCUUUUUCCAUUCAUAUCAAAGCCGUUUGAGCGUCAUCUGCUGCUCCAGAGUUUAGACGGUGAUCAGCUGACUGUCCAGGUAUUAUCUAGUGCGUGUACGUUCACUGUGUUUGGUGCUGAAGUCAUGGCGAAGAUGGAGCUGGCGCCUCUCAGACCGUGGGCUGAUUUCUUCCCUGGUUCGGACCGCUUUGCCAAACCAGAUUUCGGCGAUUUGGCCAAGUGGAACAACAGAGUGAUCAGCAAUUUGAUGUAUUACCAGACGAAUUAUCUGGUGGUGGCCAUUGUGGUUUUCCUCAUUGUAGGAUUUUUUAAUCCUUCUGGCAUGUUUCUGGGAGGACUUGUGGUGACGCUGGUCUUCAUGGGAUCCGUUUGGGCAGGAGAGAACAAGGCCACCAUCAAGAACUUCAAAAAGAAGAACCCAACACUGUUCAUCGUUGGUGUCAUGGUGACCAGUUACUUCUUGCUGCGGCUAUGUGGCGGUGUGAUGGUUUUCAUUUUUGGAAUCACCUUCCCUUUGCUGCUAAUCCUGAUACACGCCUCUCUGAGACUGCGCAACAUGAAGAACAAACUGGAGAACAAGAUUGAAGGCGCUGGGCUUAAGAAGACUCCCAUGGGUGUUAUCCUGGAUCUCUUGGAUCAACAAGAAGAGAGAAUGAACAAGAUUCAGGAUUUCAUUGAAAGCAAACUGAAGGAGUAAAGGUUAACCAAGACAGUGUUGCACAAUACACAUUUGUCCUAUUUGUUAAAUUGUAUCACUCCCAUGAAAUAUAAAGUUAUUGAUGUUUGCAUUCCUGUACUUUGUAUCCAUUUAGCUGUUUUGGGUUACUUUGUUGUUGUGUUAUUUAACUAUAUAAAGCAUAUGAAGUAAUUAUAAGAUUUGCACAAUCACUGUGAGUUGGAUGAUGAAGUAGUGGGUUUGGUUACCAAAGGUUUGAGCUUUUCUGGGUUCAGUAUCGUUGCACCCCCACCCCCCAAAAAAGUUGGAGGAAAAAGUGCACUUUCUCUGUGAUUCCUUCAACAUAGCAUUUAUUUCAGAAAAAUAGAAAAGCAUGUCUGAAUGCUCCACAGCUCCAGUUAUUACAUAACCAGCUGCGUUCUUUAAAGCAAUGGAUCCGUUCAGUUUGCGACCUCAAAAGCAAUCAGAUUUUAAAUACAGAGCCAACAGUAUUGAAACAUUAACUGCUUAUUUACCAGCAAUAACUCCCAUCUUAUGUUAAGAACUGUAGGAAUGCUGUCAGGCAUCUGUUGUUGAGAUUGAAGAACUGACCUCACAGGUUGUUUCUAGUGUACUCAUGGUUCCUGUAGCCUGAGUAAUCAUCUCAAGUCCAGGUAUUCUCAGAAGACUUUGAGCUCCUGAUUAUGCAGGUUGGACUAAUUGUAUUAUCACAGCUAUGCAAUACUGAAAAAUGAAUGGCAAGUGCAGCUUUACUGUUUAAAUGGUAUGCCAUUAUAUGUACCCUUUGGUUAUUUAAAUGUCUUUGUUUUCAUUCUAUAGCAUGUAGAAAUGUUUCUCACUGUUGCAGUUUUGAAAUGGCAUCAUUUGAUUCAAUACCGGUUGGUGAUAUUUUUAUUUUAAACCGUAUUGAUGUCCCCGUCAUUGUUACUGUUUGCUGUUUUGCCAUUCUACUGGGACCCGAUCCCUUUACCCUUUUAUUCUAAAUAUCCAUAUCUGAUAAUACGGUGUUGCUUUUGACAAAUGCACAGGUUCUGCAUUUUGUGCAUGCCAAUCUCACAAAUGGAUGUUAAGAGCUGCUGUUUAUACUGAUGCAUCAUUCUUUUUUUUUUUUUCCUUCUUGAACAUUGCAUUUGAAGACUCAAAACUGAAUAUAAUCCACAGCUGUCUGACAUGAUAAUAAAGUUGCCUGAUUUACAACAACCCUUUUUCCAA